AUGCCGGAAUGGACCAGGCAAUUGAAGAUACAGCACGCGCGUGAGGCGUGGGAGGAAGAACAAAGGUCUAUGCCAAGAAAACCGGAGCUGCCUAGUUCUGGGUUUUCACCAUAUUGGAAUCCUGAAGUACUGCGGGCUAAUCUUGCGAUACAGGAUGAUAUUGACAGUCAAUUUGCAACAACGCAAAAACCAAGAUUCGAUUUACAGCAACAGCGAAUGAUAUCAGCCACUCAAAUGAUGGAAAUGGCAAUACAAAGAAUGGAGAACGCAGCAAUGGCGAAGGCUAUGACAAAUGUUACGUUUCCAGCAACGGAAACUAAAAACACCCACAGAAGAUCGCGUUCUAGAAUAGAUGGAAGACGUCAAAAUGUCGCUAAUCAGCGCCCUGCGCGAGCUAGAAAACAGUGGAGUCCACCGAAAUCACAGGAAAACAGACCGUUACUAGUUUGCAUUUUAAAAAGAGACAUGGCGACUGUGACAAGGGCGAACCACCAAGACCGCGAUUUUCACCACCAGCAUCUGACAGACCACCCUGGGCACCACUUGAGACUCCUAAUGGACCACCUGGACCACAGGGACCUGGACCUUAUGGACCUCCCGAACCUCCUGGACCCCCUGGUGGACAAGGAGUACCCGCAGAGUCGCCAUAUGGACCAUCUGGACCUUAUUAUGGACCACCCGAUGAACCGCAACGUGGACCACCCGCUGUCCCGCCAGGGGAACAACCCUAUGGGCCUCAUGUACCACGUGGUGGAUUAG